AGUACGUGCGCGGCUGGCGCCGCUGCGGCUGCGCACCUCACUGCGAGCGGCGGCAGCGGCGGCAGCGGCGGCAGCGGCGGCAGCGGCGGCAGCGGCGGCAGCGGCGGCAGCGGCGGCGCGCGGCGCGGCAGUGGCUAAGAAAAGAUGGCUGAUCCUUGGCAGGAAUGCAUGGAUUAUGCAGUUGCUUUAGCAAGGAAAGCUGGGGAAAUAAUCCGUGGAGCACUCAAAGAAGAAAUAUCUGUUAUGACUAAAAGUUCACCAGUAGAUCUAGUGACAGAAACAGAUCAAAAAGUAGAAAACUUCAUUAUUUCUUUGAUAAAAGAAAAGUAUCCUUCUCACAGUUUCAUUGGAGAAGAAUCUGUUGCAGCUGGAGAAGGCAGCAUUUUGACAGCUAACCCCACAUGGAUUAUAGACCCUAUUGAUGGAACUACCAACUUCGUACACAGGUUUCCAUUUGUGGCAGUUUCAAUUGGCUUUGUUGUAAACAAAGAGAUAGAAUUUGGAAUUGUGUACAGUUGUGUAGAAGACAAGAUGUACACUGCCAGGAAAGGAAAAGGUGCAUUUUGCAAUGGACAGAAACUUAAAGUAUCAGGCCAAGAAGACAUCACAAAAUCCCUUUUGGUGACAGAAUUGGGAUCAAAUCGUGAUCCAGAGACUAUAAAAAUAGUUCUUUCUAACAUGGAAAGACUUCUCAGUGUUCCUAUCCAUGGGAUUAGAGCUGUUGGUACUGCAGCUGUGAACAUGUGCCUUGUGGCAACAGGUGGAGCUGAUGCCUAUUAUGAAAUGGGAAUUCAUUGCUGGGAUAUGGCAGGGGCUGGAAUCAUUAUUACUGAAGCAGGCGGAGUACUGCUAGAUGUAUCAGGUGGACCAUUUGAUUUGAUGUCUCGAAGAAUAAUUGCUGCAAGCAGUAGAGCUGUAGGAGAGAGAAUAGCCAAAGCACUUCAGAUAAUUCCUCUGAAACGGGAUGAUGCAACAAAUUGAAUACCAAAGCAACGCUUUAAAUGUAUUGGUACAAUGGUUGUCUCAUACUCUUAUAUACUUAUUAUUCCAUACCACGACCCUGAUAAAAAGAUAGAUAAAUAGAGGGUAGUCUUUCCCUACUGAUAGUUUAAGGUGUGACUGCAAAGUAGUAUUUUGAGAUUGGACCAACAUGGUGUUGUUAUGGAAUAAUUCUAAGUAAAUCUUUACUUUUAAGUAUUUUGUUUCGUAUCAUAAUUGCAUAAAGAUCUGUAAAAAGAAACAUAUAUGCAACUAAUAUUUUAAGUUUUAUAUUAUACUGGAAGGCAUAGCAAGAGACUUUUUUUUUUAAUCAAAAAAAUGUGUAGUUCCUUAAGUGACAAAACAGAAUAACGUUUACUGUCUUAACUACAGAACUUCACAUGUGGUCCUGAAUCCAAAAAUACCAAGGCAUUAUUAUUUAUCUAAUCUCUCUCCCUUUUUCUCUUGUCUGUUAGUUCUUUCAGCGUCAUCAGUCUAUCCAUUUCUUCAGCUCGUUCCUGUUUUUGCAGGUAGAUCACACAUUUCCAAAGUUUGUUCAGUUGCUGUUAGUUUGGGUUCUAAUUUAGAGCCUUCGUUACCCACUAGUAUUACUUACUAGUCUUUGUCUUUCUAUUCAUUGUUGCACUUUACUUUUGGUAGACAAACACAGUUUAUUCUUUGGUCUCUUAUGUGCACUGCAUUUGCAAAUCUAUUACAGUAGCAAAGUAAUAGAUCAUUGUGCUAAAAAAUAGGUGCUUGUCCCAGGAAUAAGUUCUGAGCAUACUGUCUAUCAACAAAUGGAUUUACAUGAAAUGAAAAUGAAGUAUGAUUGGAAUUUGUUCAUUGGAAUCAGCUGAUAUUAAGUCUUCUAUCUUAUAGUUGUCAGGUGUAAUUUCCAUUAAUCUUGUUUGGGUAUCUCCAUGGAGGAGAGUAUCUCAAAGUUUAAGGAAUCCUUAAAGUCUAAGAGAGUUUUCAGUAAAUCAGAGCGAUGGGGAAAAAAAUAAGCCGAAAGUCCAGAAUUUUUACAUUAUUUUUUGUGAGUUUUGUCAGUGACUGAACAAGAUCAGGUUUCCAUUGUGUUGCAUUUUCUACAGGCACACAAGAAGAUGCAUACCUAAACCUAGACAUAUAAAUCUAAAUCUUAGUAAUUUAAUUCUUGGUGUUAAUUGUUCCUAGUGCACAAAACUAUACUGUGGGUGGUUCUUUACAUUUUUGUGUUCAAGCUUUUUAAAAGUAUCAGUGUACUGUUCAAAUAAGUAGUGCACUUUAAAAAAUAAUUUAGCUUUAUCAGUUUUUUCACUGUUUUGUGUCUAAAGUUUCCAAAAAAAAAGGUUAAUUUUGAUGGUCCACUCAAGACAUGGCAAUGCUUUGGAAAAUCUGGCUUUAUGUACUGCUGUUGCACUAUUUGUUUUUAUUAUGGAAGAGGAUUUCUCUGUCUUGCAAUUCCAGCCAGAUCUGUUAUAAAUUUGAGUCUUCUAUAUCAGUUAAUUUUUUGCAGGUUUUGCCAGAAUAUUUCAUUGAAAUUGUAUCUAAUAUCAGAUGAUUAACGUUAAUGAGAUCAGCAACUGCCUGCUCUUCAAAGGUCUUACCAAAAAGCCAGAUUUACCUUAAUUUUAAUUUCGGUUUUACUUUUAGGGUUCCCUUUGGCAAGAAUAGGAACUUUCUGAGCAUUGCACUCUAAUUUUAUUGUUAUAAUUGAUGGGGGAAUCAUCAUUGUUUCAUAAUAAUUAAUUCGUUAAUUUUUAAUGUCUGCUGUACCAUUUCCAUUGCUGUUGUAUAAAAUACAAACUAUGCAGAAUUUUUUAUGUUAAACUGAUUUAUUUUGUGAAAUGGAGACAUGUCUAAAAAUACUUGAGGUGAGAGUACGUGUUUGUAAUAAAUAUAUGCCUUAGCAGUGGCAGCUCCA